ACAUUUUAUAACGUUGAGGAAAGCACGUGAUCGAUGUAAACAUAGAAUGGCGGAAGCGGAGGACAGAGAGUCUCUGCUGGGCUCUAACAGAGAUCGCUCAUCGUCAACAGACAGUAGGCGGCGACACAACCCUUUUAUGUCAUUCCGGAACAGAGAAAGAUGGUCAAACUAUCCUCCAACUAUGUAUCCCAGAACGAGAACUGAGGCUGUGAAGCGAGCCCACGGGGACGAGGGAAGCCUCACGCGUGAUGUGGAGAAUAGCAGGGACAACGAUGAGAACGAGAUCACCAUUGACAACGAGCAGUCCAUUCCAGAGAAACUGCUGUCUGCCAGGUUUGAGAGUCUUGACUACGACAUCUGUGAGAAUGUGCUGUACCAACGUGAGGAGAAGCAGAAAACUACCAAGGGCAUCAUCCGGAUGGAGGUGGCGCGCUGGUUCGUGUCGCUGGUCAUCGGGGUGUUGACGGGGCUGGUGGCCGCCUUCAUUGAUGUCAUGGUGGAGAAGUGCUCCUCCCUCAAGUACAGCUAUGUCAAAAACUAUGUGGACAGCUGCGUGGACAACCACUGUCUGUACGUGCCCUUCCUCAUGUGGAUCGGCUUCAAUGCCGGCAUCUGCAUGGUCGGCGCCAUCAUCACUGCCUAUGGCGAGCCGGUGGCAGCAGGGAGUGGAAUUCCCCAGAUCAAGUGCUACCUCAAUGGCAUUAAGAUACCUCAUGUCGUCCGCUUCAAAACCCUGGUCUGCAAGGUGGUUGGGGUCGUCUGUGCUGUAGCAGGAGGUCUGGCUGUAGGGAAGGAAGGCCCGAUGAUCCACUCUGGUGCCGUGAUCGCAGCCGGGGUGUCUCAGGGGCGCUCAACAUCAUUCAACCUGGACUUCAAGAUAUUUGAAUACUUCCGCACGGACACGGAGAAGAGAGACUUUGUGUCGGGAGGGGCGGCAGCAGGCGUGGCAGCGGCCUUUGGAGCACCUGUGGGAGGGGUGUUGUUCGCCCUGGAGGAGGGGGCCAGCUUCUGGAACCAGGGUCUCACUUGGAGGAUUUUUUUUGCAUCCAUGACCUCCACCUUCACCUUGAAUAUUGUACAGAGCUAUGUCAAAGGUCAUGCGUGGGAUCUUUCAUCACCUGGUCUUAUCAACUUUGGAAAAUUUGAUAACACACAGUAUUCUGGCUUUGAGAUCCCUAUAUUCUUGAUUAUGGGAGUGAUUGGUGGCUUGUUAGGAGCUCUGUUCAAUCAGAUCAACUACAAGCUGACUGUCUACAGGAUGAGGUUCAUCCAGAAGAAGUGGAAGCAGGUGCUGGAAGCCAUGAUUGUGGCGGCCAUGACAGGUCUGUUGGGCUACAUUUCCAUCUACUUCAACAACGACUGCGAGCCCAUGAAGGGCAGCGGAGACGGAGAACCUGUACAGUUCUUCUGCCAAGACGGCUACUACAGCUCGACAGCCAGCAUCUUCUUCCAGACUCCUGAGGCCAGUGUCAAGAACCUCUUCCAUGAGGACAUCGGAUCCUACAACAUUGAGACGCUGGGAUUCUACACCCUUGGCUACUUCUUGCUGGCAUGCUGGACGUAUGGUCUGAGCGUGCCCAGUGGGUUAUUUAUUCCAAGCCUUCUGAUUGGUGCAGCCUGGGGCCGGAUGUUCGGUAUCCUGCUUCAGUUCCUGUUACCCCAUGCGGACUGGGCAGACCCUGGCAAGUAUGCUCUGAUCGGAGCUGCUGCUCAACUGGGUGGUAUUGUCCGGAUGACAAUCAGUCUGACUGUCAUUGUGGUGGAGGCAACCGGUAAUGUGACGUUCGGUCUCCCCAUCAUGAUCGUGUUGAUGGUGGCCAAAUGGGUCGGUGACUUCUUUAAUGAGGGGAUCUACGAUAUGCACGUGCACCUGCAGGGGGUCCCGAUCCUGGGCUGGGAGCCGCCAGACAUGAGCGCCAACAUCAGCGCCACUGAGGUGAUGAGUCACCCUGUGACCGUGUUCCGGUCGGUGGAGUCGGUGGGGCGUAUCAUGGACCUGCUGAAGAAGGAGACUCACAAUGGCUACCCCGUGGUGGACGACUACAGUCCGGACAGAUGUAUACGCAGGGGCUUGAUGUAUGAAUCAUUUGGGACCUUCGAGGGGAUGAUUCUUCGGUCUCAACUUAUCAUGCUUAUCAAGUUCAAGGUGUUCAAUGAGAACCCUGACAUCAACAGUCUUCAAACCACGUUAAAGUCGGUGGACUUUCGGGAUGCCUACCCACGAUACCCUCCGAUACAGCUUAUAAAUGUGACACCUCAGGAACGAGAAAUGACCAUUGACCUGCGGCCAUUCAUGAAUCCAGCUCCAUACACAGUCACCAAUUCUGCCUCCCUGCCGAGAAUAUUUAAGUUGUUCCGAGCCUUGGGUCUGCGCCAUGUCAUCGUCAUCAACAAUGAACAUCAGGUGAUUGGCAUGGUUACCAGAAAAGACCUGGCUCGCUACAAGAUCUGGCGCCACCGAGGACAGAUCAGCAUGGAAGAGCUUCUCAUCUCUCACAGUUGAUGAGGGCAGCGGCGUGAUAGUGACACUGAAUAAUACUCCGUUACUGUUGUGUGAGACCGAUGCUGUAAGAGGAAGAUUCCAUGUAUGCAAGUCCCCAUUGCUGGUAUAACAUUCCGCCAUGACCAAACUGUCUGCAGAGUGCUGGAUGGCACACUUAUCAGGGUGGCGUGUUUGUGAUACUUUGUUUGUUGAUUAUCGUGUUGGACAAGUUUUGGAGAAUGUGAGCGAAAAGGGAGAUAACCAGGAAUGGGAUUGAGGAGACCAUGAUGACCGCAGCCGAUGUACAUGUUACUUUAUCACCAAUGGAAUCUCUCCUUUGUCUCAAGGCUCCUGUCUUGUGGUACCAAUGCCAGACAGUGGGCAUUAUUUUGGCUACGAUGUUUUGUAAAUGUAUCAUUCCCUACAUCGUAGUCACGUGUGCAAUAUGACGACCAAGUUCAUGGAGUGAAGAUACCUGGAUGAUAUAUUCCGUAUCAACAUGCCUGUAAUAUUAUAUUCCCAUGUGGCAUUGUAAUAUGUUGAUGUAAAUUUGAACAAGAGGAGGUAGCACUACAGCAAGGCAAUAAUAUAUCUAGCCAAUAAUCAUUUUAGAAAACAAGACCAUAUCUAUUUGAAAAACAAACACAUGUGUGCGACACACUACAGAAAUCUAGGUGAUAACACAUGCUAAAUAAAACAGCUUAGGGGAUGAUAAAACACUGAUAACAGCACACCUUGAGUACAGCAAGACCAUCUGUACCAACACUCCUGCUGUGUGUGUCAGGACAUUGCCCUUGUUACAGUCAGGGGAGAUAACUGACACCAACGUACAAUCUAUGUGUUAAUGGGAUGGAUGUGGGAGUGUUGAGAGGCGGGGCAGGUGGGUAACUGUUAGGCAGGGUAUUGAAUGGGGGUGAGUGGAAGCGGGGUUUAUGAUGUUUCGUUUCGGGCAGGUGUGAUUGAAGGGUGGGAUGGGUGAGCGAGUGUUGAUGAGCUGUGUGGUGUCCAGGGUUUUACCUUUACAUUCAAAAGUGGGGGUCCAGGGUCCCCCAAUAACUACUUUAAAGGGUCCUUACAGGCAAUAUGAUGCCUAUGACUGCUCUUGCAUGGCUGUAGGUACAAUGAAUACAUGGAUGUAUAAUAGUGAGUCCCUCAGGCUCGGGUAUGUUUCUUUUUCGGCAUCUAUUCUACACAUUUGUGUGUACUGGAUGCUCAUUUGUGCCAGUGUAACACCCUGGGUGUCAGAAAGUUUCUUAAGGAUUAGGGAUGGUGAGUGUUGUUGUUGAAUGGUGGAGCAGGUGUCGUUGAGUAGAUGUUGGGUGGAGUGGAUGUGGUUGAGGGGUUGGUGUUGUUGGGGGGUUUGUUUUGUUAAGAGAUGGAAUGGAUGUGGUUGUGGGAGGGAGUAGAUGUUGUUGAGGACUAGGUGUUGUUGAGGGAUGGUUGUUGUUAAGAGAUGAAAUGGAUGUGGUUAUGGGUAGAGCGGAUGUGUUUGUGGGAGGGAGUGGGUGUUUUUUUCAUAGGUGAGUGUUCUUUAGGGGUGCAGUGGGUGUUGUUGAGGGAUGGGUGUAAUUGAAGGUUGGAGCAGAUGUGGUUAAUGGGUGAGUUGUGGAGUGGGUGUUGUUGAGGAGUGGGUGUUGUUGAGGGGUGGAGUGGGUGUUGUUGAGGGAUGGGUGUUGUUGAGGGAUGGGUGUUGUUGAGGGAUGGGUGUUGUUGAGGAAUGGAUGUUGUUGAAGGAUGGGUGUUGUUGAUGAAUGGAUGUUGUUGAAGGAUGGGUGUUGUUGAGGGAUGGAGUGGGUGUUGUUGAGGGAUGGGUGUUGUUGAAGGAUGGAUGUUGUUGAAGGAUGGGUGUUGUUGAGGGAUGGGUGUUGUUGACGGAUGGAUGUUGUUGAAGGAUGGGUGUUGUUGGAGGAUGGGUGUUGUUGAGGGAUGGAGUGGGUGUUGUUGAGGGAUGGGUGUUGUUGAGGAAUGGAUGUUGUUGAAGGAUGGGUGUUGUUGAUGAAUGGAUGUUGUUGAAGGAUGGGUGUUGUUGAGGGAUGGAGUGGGUGUUGUUGAGGGAUGGGUGUUGUUGGAGGAUGGAUGUUGUUGAAGGAUGGGUGUUGUUGAGGGAUGGGUGUUGUUGACGGAUGGAUGUUGUUGAAGGAUGGGUGUUGUUGGAGGAUGGGUGUUGUUGAGGGAUGGAGUGGGUGUUGAGGGAUGGGUGUUGUUGAUGAAUGGAUGUUGUUGAAGGAUGGGUGUUGUUGAGGGAUGGAAUGUGUGUUUUCGAGGGGUAGUUGUUGUUGAGGGGUUGAGUAGGUGUGGUUGAGGGUUAGGUUCUGUUAAAGGAUUGAAGGGGUUGAGGAGUGGGUGUUGUUGAUGGGUGGAGUUGGUGUUGUUGGGGGUGGUUGGAUGUGGAAUGGUGUCAGGGUAUUGCUUAU